UGUAGUCCCUACGUGUUAAGUAGAUCCCAUCCCAAAAUAAAAACGGCACACGCUUCCAUAGUCCCUUUCGGUAGCCGGACUGGAACCCCAUCUGGUGACAGGCGCUCAAGGCGAGGACACUUCGGACGCGGACAAGACGUGUCAGUCCUCGAGUUGGUGCCCUGUCUCUAGAAAAUAGGAUCCUGAGAGAGGAAAGAAUUUUUGUUAAACAACUAAAAGUUUAAGUUAAGUUGAGCCUCUGAAUGAGAACACAGCCCAGCUGACACCUGUUUGUAACUUCGAGACCAGCCUGAGGAGAAUGCCCAGUGAAACUGCGUCCAGACUCCAAGUCCACAAAACACUGUGAGAUAAUAAAUCUCUGGAUUCUCGGGACUCAGCUUCUGAGAAUGAUUGGCAGUUCUAAAAUCAUGGCCCCGGUGCCUCUUACAUUCAGUGAUGUGUCCAUAGACUUCUCUCAGGAGGAGUGGGAAUGCCUAAAUUCAGAUCAGAAGAAUUUGUACAGAGAUGUGAUGUUGGAGAUUUAUACUAACUUGGUAUCACUGGACUUUGAUUUCACAACUGAAAACAACAAAUUAUCUUCAGAAAAAAGCAGUUUUGAAGUAAAUUCAUACCAUUGGGAGAGAAUGAAAAGUAAAACCUUCAACCUUAUGGGGUUUAUUUUCAGAAAUGACUCACAGAGCAGAAAUGAAUUUGAAGGACAACAGGCAUCUCAAGUGGGACAUUUUAGUCAAAUGAUAUUCCAAAAACAUAUAUCUCUUCCUCUGCAUCAGAGAAUUCACACUAAAGAGAAGUCAUAUGAAUAUAAGGAAUGUAGGAAGGGCUCUAGGAAAUAUUCACAUCUUACUGAAAAUCUGAGAGACCACAGUGGUGUGAGACCCUAUGAAUGUAGAGAAUGUGGAAAGGCCUUCCUAGUUCUCCAGCAUUUUAUUAGACAUAAAAAAAGUCACACUGAUUUGAAGCCCUAUGAAUGUAAUGGAUGUGAGAAAGCCUUUAGGUUUUAUUCACAGCUUAUUCAACAUCAGAUAAUUCAUACUGGUGUGAAACCCUACGAAUGUAAGCAAUGUGGAAAGGGCUUUAGACGUCAUUCUCACCUUACUGAACAUCAGAAAAUUCAUGUGGGUUUGAAACCCUACAAAUGUAAGGAAUGUGGGGAAACUUUUAGGUUGUACCGACAUAUGUGUCUCCAUCAGAAAAUUCAUCAUGGUGUGAAACCUUAUAUCUGUAAGCAAUGUGGAAAGGCCUUUGGUCAUCGUUCAAGUCUCUAUCAACACAAGAAAAUUCAUUCUGAAGAGAAACCAUAUAAAUGUAAACAGUGUGGAAAGGCCUUUGUUCGCAGCUAUCUACUUACUGAACAUCAGAGAAGUCAUACUGGUGAAAAGCCUCAUGAAUGUAAGGAAUGUGGAAAGGCCUUUAGUAGGGGCUCAAGCCUUCUUAAACAUAAAAGGAUUCAUAGUAGUGAGAAACACUAUGAUUGUAAGGAAUGUGGGAAGGCCUUCUGUAGAGGCUCUCAACUUACACAACAUCAGAGAAUUCAUACUGGUGAGAAGCCCCAUGAAUGUAAAGAAUGUGGGAAGACUUUUAAGCUCCAUUCUUACCUUAUUCAACAUCAGAUCAUUCACAGUGACUUGAAACCAUAUGAAUGUAAACAGUGUGGGAAAGCCUUCAGUCGUGUCGGAGACCUUAAAACACAUGAGUCAAUUCAUGCUGGGGAGAAACCUUAUGAAUGUAAGGAAUGUGGAAAAACCUUUAGACUUAAUUCUCAACUAAUUUAUCAUCAGACAGUCCAUACUGGCUUGAAACCAUAUAUAUGUAAAGAAUGUAAGAAGGCCUUCCGUUCUAUAUCAGGUCUUUCUCAACAUAAGAGAAUUCAUACUGGUGAAAAACCUUAUGAAUGUAAGGAAUGUGGUAAGGCCUUUAAUCGCAGUGAGCGACUUAUUCAGCAUCAGAGAAUUCAUACUGGUGUGAAGCCGCAUAAAUGUAAGGAAUGUGGGAAGGCCUUUACUCGUUGCUCUCAACUUACUCAACAUCAAAGAUUUCACAUUGGUGAGAAACUCAUAAUGUAAUGAAAGUCAGAAGCCUUUAGCCUUGACACAUCCUUUAAU